GAAUGGCUGGGCGCCACACCGCGUCUGCCUCCCUGGGAGCGCUUGGCCGGCAGGGAGCGGCUUGGUGGCGCGAACUCCGUGUGCAGAAUUAUAUCUUCAACGAACAAUGCUCCUCAUGGUGAUAUUACAUCUUCGAAGCCUGCAAUUGCUGAACAGACAAGCACUGGAGAUCAAAGUGCAGGAAGCGAUGGUGCUGCAGAGACUGCGUCGAACAUAACGUCUCCAGAAGAUCCCUCUCCGAGAGAGACGGAUGCAGCAAAGUUCCAGUGCCUCAGGGGCGAGCGCAUUUUCGUGUGCGAUUUCGAUCCCGACACGCACGCUUGUACGCUGAAACGACUGGCCUCUGCCGCGGACCAAAAGGCGCUGAUUCGCACGAGGCACGAGGUCCUUGAACAACAGAGCUCUACGAAAGAUUCAUCCGAUCGGUUUUGCCUCACGGCUGAAGAGCGACAACGCGCCUCCUCGGCAAAGAUCGCUAGCACGCGAGGUCCUAUUUCUGCG